UCAUGACCUGAGCCGAAGGCAGUCGCUUAACCAACUGAGCCACCCAGGCGCCCAACAGCUCCAAUGUUAAGAGGUCAGGGUCAUAAGGAGAAAUCAGCAAAAGAAACUGAGCAGUUGCCAAGAGAGUAUGAUGUCCUCAAAACCUAGUGAAGACAGUAUCUCAAGAAAAGAGUCAUCAAUGAUGUCAAAUGUGCACAUACUUAUAAUAGACAUCUAGGCAGCAGUUCUGAAGAGUUCUAAGGAACAAGUAUCAGAGGCCUUCAUUAGGGAAAACAUAGAAGUACAGUUUGGCCAGUGUCUUGAAGGGGAAGUCUGGGAUCGGAGAACAAGAAGAAGGGCAGGUAGAGAAAAUAGUUUGUUUAAAGAUCAGGUGGUGGGAAUGAUCAAAUUAGAAGUGUGGGGACAACAAGGAGUGUGUUUUCAUAGCAGGAGUUGGGGAGAGUGAUAGGGAUACCAGCAAUCCCUGGUCAGGUGGGCAAAAAGGCACCAUAGUGGGCUCUUAUGCAGGAAAGGGACAAGAUGGAAGUGUAGCGUGUAUGUACAGUCAGAAUAUUUUGCCCCAUGUUUGUUGCCCCACAGGUUGUCUCUACCUAUGUGGCCCUAUCCCAGUUCUCCCAGAAUAUGGGUGACAGAGACAAGUGGCUGCAGUGUGAGCAGAUGGCCAUUCAGAAAAGCAGCCUGUGUUGGUUCUCCAGGGAGGGAUUAUUGGCCACAGCGCAGCUCAUGCAGGCCUUGGCCUACACCAAACUCUGCCUUGGCCAUCUUGACUUCUCCAUCAAGCUGGGUUUUCAAGCUCAUGAGAUAUGCAGACACCUCAAGAAACCAGCUCUGGAGAAUCUGGUUCUCUCAGUUCUCUUCAGAUCUGCUUUUCUGAAGAAGAAAUUUGAUCUAUGUGUCCAUGUGCUGGAGAGUCAGUGGGCGCUCAUUUCCCAGGGUCGUGAUGUCCUUGGCCUGGCCUGCUUCUAUUCUGCUUGCUUAGAUCUGCUGCUUUACGGAAAAGGAUUGCUAUGUCGGCCCUUUGGCGAGUGUCUACAUUUCAUUCAACACUGUGAGCACAGCUGCAUUCUAAACUCUCAGAGUAAUGUCAUGCUGGGGGUCCACUCAUCUCUGGCCAUGUGGUUUGCCCAGGACUCCCAGUGGAAUCUGUUUGAGCACCACUUCUCCAAGGCUCGCCAGUUGGUGAAAAGAACUAAUGCCUCACUAUUUGGUUCACAUGGCUUUGUCCGAUUCCUGGAGUGCCAUGUGCUAGUGUUACAAAAAAUGCCAGAGGGUGUCUUCAUGCAUACUCCCCCAGAGACCCGCAGCCAAACCCUCAAGUACUGUGAGGAGUUUUUCUCUCGAUGUGUAACCUGCCCCGUCUAUCACCAGUGGGUCUCUGAACUUAAAGCCUCUAUAAUGAGAUACGGAAAGAGAGAAUCUAUGUCCUCGACGAACAUUGUCAGACCUUUUGACACCUGCUUGACCAGGAUUUGGAUAGAGGGAGAAUUCUUGGAGGAAAACAAUUCCUUUGGAAGAAAUUUAGGAAUACAGAGAUUUGACAGAGUGGCUGAUGUCAAGGAGAAUAAGGAUGAAGAAGAAAUUAAAGACUGUGUAUGUUAAAGAAAAUCAUCUGAAGGGACCAUGGUUCUCUUGUUGUAUAUAACACAAAGAAAUGACCCAAGUUCCCCUUUCUAAGAUACUGUAUAGUGUACAUAUUUCAUAUACUAGCCUUUUACAGUCACCACUAUCUAUAGCUUUGUCAAAAUAAAAGCCUAUGUUUCUGAAGCAUGAAA